CUAAUGGCAAGUGAGUCAAAAAAAGAAGCAUUUCGAAAAUAUUUAGAAUCAAGUGGAAUAUUAGAAGCUAUAACAAAAGUAUUGGUUGCAAUCUAUGAAGAAAACGAAAAGCCACCUAUAGCAUUGGAAUAUGUAAGACAUGCUUUAGGUGGACCAACAAUUUCAGAGCAUGAGAUGUCCAAAAACAAAGUAGCUGAAUUGGAAGCAAAAUAUGAUCUUCUUCUAAAACAACAUGAAGAAGCUUGCCGACAAUUGCAAUUACUCCAACCUCGUCGAGCAGAAGGGAAUUGUGAUGGUCAAUUAUCUGGAGUUCCACCCUCCUCAUCACCAGCUUAGCUUAACAAAAAUUUGUUGUUGUGCUUCAGUGAAUUUGUGUAAGAUGUUUGAACACCUCAAUUUGAGAGUUUCCUUCCGUUCCAUGAAAUUGACACAAUGUAAACUAUUGUAUCAUCUUAUACAAUGAAAUAUAUGGUAUGAAUACAUUUUUAUUAUUAUUA